AUGGGGCAGCGCCUGAGCGGCGGCCGGUCCUGCCUCGAUGUCCCGAGCCGGUUCCUGCCACAACCGCCGCCGCCCCCGCCGCCGGUGAGGAGGAAGCUCGCGCUGCUCUUCGCCAUGCUCUGCAUCUGGCUCUACAUGUUCCUGUACUCGUGCGCCGGCUCUUGCACCGCCGCGCCCGGCCUGCUGCUCCUGGGCUCGGGAUCCCGCGCUGCUCACGCUCAGCCAGCUCUGGUCACAGCUCCGAAUGAGACGUCCCCUAAGAUGCUUUUCCGGGCGUCGCCGGCCAACUCACUGGCUGCAGGCAAGGAUAAGACAGUAGUCGCCGGGAGCCAGGAGGAGCAGAGUCCGGAGACAGCGGACUCCCCCAGCCCCAUCUCCAGCUUCUUCAGCGGCUCUGGGAGCAAGCAGCUGCCGCAGGCCAUCAUCAUCGGCGUGAAGAAGGGCGGCACGAGGGCACUCCUGGAGUUCCUGCGCGUGCACCCCGAUGUGCGCGCCGUGGGCGCCGAGCCUCACUUCUUCGAUCGCAGCUACCACAAGGGUCUUGCCUGGUACCGGGACCUGAUGCCCAGAACCCUGGAAGGCCAGAUCACCAUGGAGAAGACGCCCAGCUACUUUGUGACCCGGGAGGCACCCGCGCGCAUCUCAGCCAUGUCCAAGGACACCAAGCUCAUCGUGGUGGUGCGCGACCCGGUGACCAGGGCCAUUUCGGACUACACGCAGACUCUGUCCAAGCGGCCGGACAUCCCCAGCUUCGAGAGCCUGACGUUCCGCAACCGCAGCGCGGGCCUCAUCGACACGUCCUGGAGUGCCAUCCAGAUCGGCUUGUACGCCAAGCACCUGGAGCCCUGGCUGCGCCACUUCCCUCUGGGCCAGAUGCUCUUUGUGAGCGGGGAGCGGCUGGUCAGCGACCCAGCGGGUGAGCUGCGCCGCGUGCAGGAUUUCCUGGGCCUCAAACGCAUCAUCACCGACAAACACUUUUACUUCAACCAGACCAAGGGCUUCCCGUGCCUCAAGAAGGCGGAGGGCAGCGGCAAGCCACACUGCCUGGGCAAGACCAAGGGUCGUGCGCACCCUGUCAUCGCGCGGGAGGUGCUGCGGCAGCUGCGUGACUUUUACCGGCCCUUCAACCGCAAGUUCUACCAGAUGACCGGUCGCGACUUUGGCUGGGACUGAGUCUCCCUUUGGGGCUUAUCUAUUGAGAAAGAGUAUAUGUAUGUAAAAUGUACAGAAAUCUAUUUUAUAAUAAUUUAUUUUUAAUUCACAAGCAAUUAAUUCACUAAGCUGCCUAGCCACACUCUGCAGAGUUCGAGUCAUGGUCUGUUAACAUUCCAAAGUGUUUAACUCCGAUAUUUGUUCUGUCCCUCCCAAUCGAUGGUGCUUCCGUGUUUUCCUUCCCUCCCCAUUGUAUUUAAGAAGAAGAAAAGCACAACUUGAGAUUUUCGUUACGGGUAUUCAGCCUUCAAUCACCUUGGGUCCUCCACCUGCUAUCUUCAUGGGUCUUGGCUGCCUCAGCUGAUUGUAGUGUUUUCUUGCCUGGGUACCUUCUGGAAGCACUGAGCUGCCUCAGCAUGCUGUAGUCUGAAGUGUAGUGACCAUGUAGUGACGUUAUGUCACAUCCUCAUAAGCAGUUCAUCAGCCUCACCAAUGUAGCACCAAGGUGAGUUUCUCUGGCCUCCCUUUCAGGGACCUGUGUGCCUAUGACACUGUCUGCUCUAUCCCUCUGUCCAUUUUAGCCAGUUGGAAGUGU